AUGAAGAAUUCUCAGAAGAAAACGGCAGCGCACAAAGGGUCCCAGCCUAAAACCACUAGCAGCAGCCAACUACUUCACCCUAAUCAGCAAUUACCUGCCUACACCACAGAUGGGCAAAGUAAUCUCGUCUUCGCUAUCGGCCCCGAAGACAAGGAUUCCGUUCAAACCCAUCCCAAUUAUACUUUGGAAGAAGAAGCCGAACGGAUUCUUAUGAUAGAUGAACUGGUACACGAUUCGCGGGGUAUGCACCACGACUCGAAGGUGGCUUUCAUGAACGCAUACUUCCAGCGUUGCAACUGGCAGAGCCGAUACGAGACUUUUAUGAAAACCGGUCGUGAUGAGGUAGCAGACAAACCCGAUGGUCAAUCUAAACAACAGAAUGGAUUCAGCUUCGCAAGAACUUGCACCGGAACUCCCAUGAAACAGUAA